AAUUAUGACGUUGCAUCACUGUAAACAAACCCACCCAGUACAAUGGCUGAAUCGGCAGUAGGUGAUAAAAUGUCAAGGACAUAGUGUCAACGAUAGAGAGCAUUUAACUUUUAGUAAGCGCAUCAUACUAGAAAUACCAGCAACUGGUGCAAUGAUUAGGAAUCCAUUUAAGAAAGCUUUCUCAAGUCGGAAAACAAAACAGGAAGAUGUACAAUUUGAGGCAGAAGUCCAAAAGCUUCACCAUAUGCAGUCGGCAUCUAAGAGGCUGUACAAAGGAAUGACAAAAUGUCUGGAAUCUGAAUCAGCUCAAGCACGUGCAAAUGCUAAGAUAUUCAGUGACCUUCAUUCUUCGCCCUCUUCAAAAACAGAGCCACUCAAAUCUAUUGUGGAUAGUGCUGGGAGCUGUUUUGAUGAGCUACAGUCACACAGCAAAGAACAUAAAUCAAGACAAGAGAUAGUAUUCUCUGACCCUAUUAAAAGAUUCCAUAAUGUUUAUAAGCAUAUUGAUGUACAUAUAAAGCAAAGGGACGCUAGGCUACAGGAGCUAGAGAGACAGCAAGGUAAACUAGAGAAAAGACAGGCAUCACAGUCUGCUAAACUGGAGCUGACACAACGCAAAUUAUCGUCGGCAAAAUCAGAAUUUGAGAAGAUUAACAGUCAACUAAUGACAGAGCUACCACAACUGCAUGAAAAGAGAGUUGAUGUAUUUGAUCCUUGUCUUAAAGCAAUGAUGUCUUCAGAGUUACUAUAUCAUCAAAACUGUGCCAAUACUCUAAGAGAUUGUCUCGAAAGCAUAAAAUCACAGUUGGCAACUCCAGAAAAGGCAGAAGACGGAAAAGGAGACAAAAAUGACAACUGUCCCACUUUAGACGAUAUUUUCUCACAAAUAAAGUCUCUCUCUAUAGUAGGAGAGACUUGAUGGAUGCCGUGUAUACAUGAAGCUCGCUGACUGCUUUUAUUUUUUGACCUUUCAAUGAAAUCUUUUUUGUUAUUUUUAUGUGAAAUAAUAACUCUUCGCUCAUUAGCAAAGAAAAACAUCACUUUUACUGUA